GCAAAUUUCUAUUAUCUUUGUAUCUUAGGUAUCCAAUUGAUCUUUUACUUAACUAUAGACAUCUCCUGUCUCAAUCUGUGUACACUAAGAGGGCUACUCCGUGCCAUCUUUGGAAGUCUUCUCUUUAUUUCUAUCUGCCUAUUCCCUGUUACACACACACGCGUGUCACACCAUGUUAGACCCUCAGAUAAGAUUAAGGAACGCGAUCAUAGACGGGAACUUACCUAUAACCAAACGAUUACUACAUAGAUAUCCAGACUUAUGGCUCAACACAGAUCCGUUUGAUAACGGAGGUUGGUGCAAUCUACAUUAUGCGUCGUACCAUGGGAACUAUCUUAUAUGUGUUCAUCUUGUCACCUUAUACAAGAAGGGCCAUCAAUCUAAACCACGGUUUUCAUCUCUGACCGACAAUUUAAAUCAUAUCUCCAGUCUCAAAAGCAAUUCAGACAUGGAUAUGCUCACAUUUGAAGGCUUGAGUGUACUACAUCUACCUUCAAUCCUUCAUAAAUUACAAACUUUGCAUUAUUUACUCCAAGAAUUUCCUGGAUCUCUAUGGUUGGACCAUAAAGGUGGACCUCAUGGUCAAACACCCCUACAUUAUAGCUGUGUGCAUGGAUUCCGCGAGGGCUUGAAACUCUUGCUUGAAUUUGGUGCGGAUUGGCUCGAACAAGAUGAUGAUGGCAAUACUUGUUUACAUCUUUGUUUCCAACAUGGUCAUUUCAAAUGCAUAGAGGCCUUGUUGCAGGUGGUAUUGGGCACGUGCAAGUCAAAGGAAGAUCGUGAAAGCUUGUUAAAGAGCUUUGAAUCAAUCAAAAACAAUAAUGGAUGGUUGGCAGUGGAAUUGGCUUCAUCUUUCCAAUUGAGGAAACAAUUCACAAAUUUAAAACAAGAAUUAUGUGCUGUACGAACCCAAGAUCUCAUAGAUACUACUCCAUUAUCACCACCCAUGGCACAGCUGCAACAUUUACUUUCCUCGGCAUUUUCUGAAAUUGUGCCGCCAUCAACUACAUCGCCAGCAACAAUUACAACUACAUCAAACACAUAUAGUCCUUCAAAUUCAGCAGUAUCUACAUUUUCUGAAUUUCUGUCAUCUCCUCAAGAAAAUAGAGUUCUUGCUACGCCAAUGGUUCUGGUGAAAAAGGAUGAUGUUCGUUUCAAGGCAAGAGCUCAUCUGCUUUCACUUCCAGCAGAAACUGCUGCUCUUACUGGAGGUCAUGUGGGGGAUUAUGUAUUAAAUCAACCACCGGUACGUCCCAACAUUGGAAGACAACGCUCCAAUACCACGCAGCCAACGACUGGUGGCGGCAAUGGGAUUUCUGUGCCUCGUACAACCGCUUCAGGAGUCGUGCUAGAAACUCCACAAACCCCACUUCUUAGCUCAGUAUCGAUUUCCAAGGUUCCUUCACUUAAAUCAGUUGCAAUUUCUCCUCUGGUUAGGAGUCAAGAUUCAACUGCAAAGAGUAGCCCCAGUCAUUCACUAAACAUGAAUCAUAUACCUUCGAAAUAUACACCAGGACAGUCGAACCAAUGGCCCAUAAUGAGUAAUACCAGCAGUCCAGGUCAUAUCAUAGCACAAACAGCAACAUAUCUCCCCAACAGAAGGGGAAGUUUUGGAUAUGGAACCAGUAGUCCCACCCCAUUUACCCCACAAAAUGAUUCAGAAUCCAAACAACAGCAGCAACAACAACAACAACAACAACAACAAAAUCAACGACCAUAUUAUUCCCGUAAAUCGUCAUCAGCAUCAUCUUCUUCCUCAAUAGCGGCUAUUCCAUUCAAUGCUCAGAAUAGUAGUCGAAGUUCAUUAAAUACCGUUGGCGAUUCAGAAAGUCCUAGAAGAUCAAAAUUCUCUUCUACGGGCAAAGAAAGUCAAGCCAUCCGUAAGUCCAAGUCAACCACUAUUCUUGAGCCUAUGAGCCCAGUCCCUAUGAGUACUAGCAACAAUCUUGUAUCUGGUUUAAGAAUUGCCUCCUCAUCAUUCAGUACACUCCCCAAACCUCUGAGCACUGAUGAUAUUCAAGAAGAAAAAUCAAUUCAUACAAUUAGUUUUAAUAGAUUAGGAAGGGAUUAAAAUUAAAAUUAAGACAAUUCAUUAA